AUGAAUGAAAUCAGUGGAUUUCCCAUUGAAGGGACCUACGAAUACCUCAAAAGACUUAUCAAUUUUAAUUGUACACAUAUAGUGGGAAACUUGGUUAUAUUUGGACUUCAUCAAAAUCGUACGUGUUUUGUUCCUAACUCAUUUUUCAUUCAGAAUGGAGAUGUCUACAUGUUUGACAACCCCCAUGGCAACGACAUUAUUUCCAACAUCUCCUGGAGCAGUCUCUUUGCAAAUCCUGCAAAACAGCGUUUUCGCAACUCAUCGUCCGUGGACUUAACCCUCUCAGACGUUCCACACGUCGAAAUGGUCGUUACGCUGUUAUCAGUUCCCUCUAAGUUGCUUCUGCUACGCAUAAUAAACAAACUGGGGUUUCGCCUUGUAGCGACGCAAGGGAGGUGCAGGAAGCGCAGCUGCGAGUGGUGUUUCUCGCAGAGCGGUGGCGAGGAGCGGUGCUGCGACGCGGAGUGUCUGGGCGGCUGCACGGGUCCCUCCCCAUCCGACUGUCUGGUUUGCAAGAACUACCGCGAUGGCGAUACGUGUGUUCACAGGUGUCCACCACCGUUAUCUCUCCAAAAUUAUAGGUUGGCAUUAAAUGUCAACUUUAAGUACGAAUUCGCUGGAUUUUGCGUUGAAGAGUGUCCAAAGUCGUUAAUGGCAGAAGGACCAAGAUGCGUGUGGGAAUGCUCCCCUGGCCAGUACACUGCCGCCGGAAAUGUCUGCGUCCCCUGUGAGAAAAACUGUCCCAAAGUUUGUUCACUGGGCAACACUCAGUUCAGUGACGCCUCCAGCCUCGAUGCAACUGCUCUCGCCAGCCUUCAUAACUGCACGAAAUUGUCCGGCAAUCUGAUCAUUUCAGAUGAGUCAUACAGCCCUAAAGGAGCUCACUGGAAACCCAUAACAACAACUAAGGAACUGUGGGCCCUGCAUUCGCUCAGGGAGGUGACAGGUUAUGUCCACUUAAAUCUUCGAAAACACCCGGCUCCCCUGAAUAAUCUCACCUUUCUUGAAAAUUUGGAGAAGAUUGGUGGCUCUCGUGAUGCCCAACACACAUACAGUUUCGUUUUCCUUAUAGACGCAAGGUACAGCAUGUCAGUCGUGCACAAUGCAAUCCGAUUCCCGGGGCUCUACAGCCUUAUGGAGGCUCCCCAGGGAGAUGUGGCUUUUAUGGAAUCCCCUGAACUCUGCUACGUCCAAACUAUUGGGGCAAGAAACGCCGUGUGUCACCCAGCCUGCGAUCCUGCCUACGGUUGCUGGGGUCCGAGACGCGAGGAUUGUAUUCGUUGUCGCAAUCGAUCCAUCGACGGUUCCGUUUGCGUCGAGAGCUGCUAUGACCUGCCGGGCUACUACGAUGCCCCAGAGGAGAGCGUCCUAGCACCGCCGCCUAUUCAGUCAAGAAAUGACAAUCCAAUGACAGCGCGACUGGUCUUGGCACGACUGGCUGCUGAUCACGCCAUUGAAGAAGCUACGCACACGAGAUUUGCGGAAGCCUUAGAGAGGAAGAAAGCAAAUAUCACGUGCAGCCGAUGCCAUUCUGAGUGCGCGGAAACGUGCACCGGACCAGGAGCGGAUCAGUGCGUUGGUGAAUGCAAAAACUCCAAGAGUAGUGACGAGUGUGUAAGUGAAUGCCAACACACAAGUUACUUGGAGAAAGAAAGUCGGAUUUGCACUCCAUGCCAAACUCACUGUCACCAACGGCUGGUGAGCAAGAAACCAGUCUGUACUGGACCAGGCCACCAUCCAGGACCCGGUGGCUGCAAUAAGUGUGAACAAUUUCUCGAGUUCAUCACUUUUGAUGGUGUCUCUUUGGGUGAAUCCAGCCGGACGCAACAUGGAGCCCUAUUGUGCAUGCGUGGUGCAUGCCCCGAGGGUACUUUCAGCACCUUCGAGGCGGUUGAACCGUCCUCCAAAUUCGCACCGUUCGUGGAAGAGGGUGUCAACGCCGUGCCUGUCUGCCGAUCGUGCCACCAUCUUUGCAGCUCAUGUACAGGUUACAGUGUGAUCCGUGCCAAUGUUAAGUCACCUGGAUGCCUGGAAUGCAAAGGAUUCUGGUUCAAUGACACAUGUGUUACUGAAUGUCCUGAAGAUUCAACCUUCCAAAUCUCCCUGACCCACCCACCAGAAACGCGCAAGGCGUAUCACUUUAUGCAGUCGAUUGAUCAACAAGGUCUCCUUCUCUCCAAAAAACUUCUCAGCCCCGUCAAAGGCGCCGGUGAGUUCCCCAGGCCCAAAAUUUGGUCGCGGCACCUCGACGGCCGGUGCCUGGUUUGUCACGAAGAGUGUCGGGGGGGCUGUUGGGGUCCUUCGAACUCCCACUGCCAUCGCUGCGCGCACUUCCGCGUGUGGAAUAGAGAUGAACAGGCUGAGGCUGAGAAGCUAGCAAGGGACAUGUGGCAGGUGUCCGAAGGUGGCAACGUGUACCAGUUGAAUAAGGAUAUCUCAAAUCGACCUCUGUCGCAAACGCUGGACUACCCAACGCACUUCUCGUGCGAACUCGCAUGCCCUCCAGGUCUCCCAUAUGCCUCAGUGGACCCCCUAACUGGAGACCGAACCUGCCACCUCUCUCCUGAACUCAACUUUUUCUACACGGAUCGUGAGAACGCGAGCUCCAGUCGUCUUGGAGCGAGCUUAGUUGGUCCAAUUGCCGUAGCGCUGGUCAUGUUUGCAGUGCUAAAGUCGGAGCAGAAUUAUUGCAUGGUUCCUGUCCCCGCAGCGUUCAAUGAUUUUGGCGCUUGUCAGUGUGGCGGAAACAGUGACGAUCGUGGGAUGAGUCUUUACGCAGUCAGCAACCGGGUUACGUGGUCCUCAGAAGGUUCCAUCUGUCAGUACUGUCGAAGCAGUUUUGAGAAACCAAAGACUCCUCCAUCGGCCCUCGUUUACCGCAAUAACUACUUUUGUAAUCCCGUAAGUCCUUGUUUAAUUUUUUUUCUAUGUAAAAGCCUUAGUCUCUCUGAUCUGGAUGAUUGGACCCCAUCACGUGUUUAUCGUCGGUCAACGCGUCAGCAGCCCAACAUGGGCCGUCUAAUCUUAAUCAAUCUGGAUGAUAUUCAAAUGCCUGCCAACCAACGGGCUCUGGGAAGUGGUGCGUUUGGAGCGGUCUACAAGGGCGUGUGGAAGAUGCCAGAUGAUGUUGAUGGCAGCCAGCUUCUAACAGCAGAUGAUCAGGACAAACGUCGUCAUGUUGAUGUGGCCAUCAAGAUCUUGAAUGAGUCAAGUUGGCGUGAAAAUCCGGAUGAAAGAGUGUCAUUCACUGACAUACUUCAACUCCUUCGCAGCAAAGCAGACACCCCGGAAUUCUUCCUUCACUGUAGAGUACGUCGCGUAGCAUUAAAAUUGAAAUACUCAACAUUGCAGCCAACAAGCAGUAUUAGCGGACAAACUCGUGAAAGUCGCAUCUCUGGCACCUACUCCGAAGUCGCAAGACCAGAGCGGGACUCAUCGAGCCCUCCUGUGGCAUCGAGUACACCCCUAACCACUACCACGACAGUUCCCUCCUCUCCAUCACGAAGUUCAUUCUACGUAUUUCCUGCAACUAAUGCCUGCCAACAACGAAGCGCUGUGUUGAGAAGAAUAACGCCUCGCGCACCCACUACCGGUGGGGGGACGUUGGAAACGCUCUCCACAACAAUCGAGUACACAACCACAACGAAUAGCUCCGAGGACGUGACGCUAGCCAACGAACAACAACCAGAUGUUCCGGUUGGUGGUGGGUAUGUGUGGCCCAUGCCAAUAGCUGCACCAGAGUACCCUGAAAUUGCAGCAUCUGUGCUAGGGGCUGCGGGUGGAGGAGAAUACGUAGGGCCACUUUUUAGACGCCCGACUGCGGGAAUGUAA